GAGGCGGGUUGUAGGGCGUCGUUGGGAGUGCAAGUGGAGUGGCGGCGGUGCCGCCCGGUGUUGAUAUCGGUUGUGUUACCAUGGACUUUAAUGUGAAGAAGUUGGCGGCGGAUGCCGGCACUUUCCUCAGCCGGGCGGUUCAGUUUACAGAGGAGAAGUUUGGUCAAGCAGAGAAGACAGAGUUGGAUGCCCAGCUGGAGAAUCUUCUGAGCAAAGCAGAAACUACAAAAAUAUGGACAGAAAAAAUAAUGAAACAGACAGAAGUAUUAUUGCAGCCAAACCCAAAUACCAGAAUAGAAGAAUUCGUUUAUGAAAAACUGGAUCGCAAAGCACCGUCUCGAAUGAAUAAUUUUGAACAAUUAGGGCAGUAUAUGCUUGAUGCUGGAAAUGAUUUUGGUCCUGGAACUGCAUAUGGCAGUGCUCUGAUUAAAUGUGGAGAAGCUGAAAAUCGAAUUGGUUCUGCAGAGAGGGAGCUAAUACACACAUCAGCAGUUAGUUUUUUGGCACCUCUUAGGAACUUUCUGGAAGGAGACUACAAAACAAUAUCUAAAGAACGUAAGCUCUUGCAGAAUAAAAGACUGGAUUUGGAUGCAGCCAAAGCAAGACUGAAAAAAGCGAAGGUUUCGGAGUCCCGUUCAGCUCAACUAAACGCUUCUCAACCUCAGGGAGACAACUUUAUGGUAAAUUUCUCUUACAUGCUCAACUUGCUGCAUGUAACGUGGCUGAAGGCUGAGCAGGAUGUCCGGAUUGCACAGAGUGAGUUUGACCGACAAGCAGAGAUUACAAGACUUCUGCUUGAAGGAAUCGGCAGUACACAUACACAUCACCUUCGCUGUUUGAAUGACUAUGUUGAUGCCCAGGUGACCUACUAUGCACAAUGCUAUCAAUAUAUGGUUGAUUUACAAAAGCAGCUUGGAAGUUUUCCAACUGUGUUUUCUUCCAACAACAAUCAGACUACCUCAGCAUCAGCUAUGCCCAACACCGUGCCCCCACUUUCUGCAUCUUCAGUCCCAUUAUCCACUCUAAACAAUCCAAUAACCACUGACUACAAGCUGUCAUCUAGUGGCACCAGAAAAGCUAGAGUUCUCUACGAUUACGAUGCUGCAGACAGCAGUGAGUUGUCACUUCUGGCCGAUGAGGUGAUCACUGUGUAUAGUCAGCCUGGAAUGGACUCUGACUGGCUGAUGAGUGAACGAGGGAAUCAGAAAGGAAAAGUCCCCAUUACAUAUUUGGAGCUGCUGAACUGAACAUGUCACUGCCCAUCUUUUAAAAAAAAUAUUGGUUGUAAUUGCGAUAUUUAAUUGCAGCUAACUUUGUAUAAAACAGUUUGAAAUGUCUUCCACAUAAUUUGUCCCUGAACCAUUUGGGACCAUGUGAGUUACAUGUAUGGCAAAACAUGCAUGUUGGUUGCUCCAUUUGUCCAGGCCAAUGUGACUCCCUUGCUUUUGAAAACAUUAAAUAUUUUUGUGCCAUGAAUGUUAUUUGCUAAAAAGUAUCAGCUUCAUUUUCUAUUUAAUAUUUCAUUUUUGCAUACUAGUGCUUGAAAAAUCAUUUCUUUAUUAAACCAACUUGAAUACAAUGUCCUUAUAUUUCUAAAACUUUCUUAUUGCCAGAAAUAUGGAACUUGUAAAUUACAUGUGCUUAAUUAAAUGUUGAAAGUGAUGUAGAGCAUUGCCAAAAUAAAACUGUGUCAAAAGAUCUAUUCACAUGGUUGUGUGCUUGGACAUCAUAACCAUACUGGCUUAUGUACUCAUAUUUGAUUAAACUUUUGUUCUUGUUAA